AUGCAUAAUCUUGAAAGCGCUGCUGAACAGUGCGAACGUCGGCGCUCAUUAGGGAUUGAGAAUACACACAUAAAAUGUGCUGUUGAUCUGCUCGAUGCUCAGGUUCAUUUACGAUUGUUCGACAAAGGAGAGGAUAAGCAGCGUUUCGAGCACUUGAAAGCUGUCUUCAAACUUGCUGGAAAUGUAGUAGCAGCUCGACCUCGUAUAUCGUUGGCUUACAAGUUGCCAGCUGAUGCACUGUUGCGAGUGAUCAGAUAUCGUGACGAUAUCAUGAAAAGCGUGGAGAUACCUGCAAGUUGGUCCGUUUCUGACCGUCUAUCUGCAGUGCGGGUAGCAGUCAACUUCUACUCUGUUGCUUUGGACUUGAAUAGGAAGAAUGCUUGGGCUUGGUAUGAUCUGGCUAUGGCUCUGCUCCAAUUGGCUCAUGUUGAUAGCUCUGCUCAGCAUGCGACAAAAGCAUCGGAUUGUUUGCGAAAAGGCAUGACUAUGACUAAAUGCCCUCAAACGAAAUCUACCUUCUGGACGCUUCUUGCCGAGGCGAUGAGAUUGUCCUCCAUAGUCAGUGGUACAUCGGAAACUGCGGAAAAUUCCACAGCUCUGCAACAGCACUACCUUGUUCGAGAGUUACAGUUGAACAAAGAGAAUGACGAAGCAUGGCUACGUUUA